AUGGAGACUCUUCACGAGCGGCCACAGGCAAACUACAUGCCGGCUUCUCGUCAAAGCCGCAUGGCCAUUGAUUCUCUAUUGAAUCCAUCAUCAGAGAGAGAAAGUACGAGCUCUCGGAUGCAUUACAGCCACCCAGGACCACAACUGUCGCCUCUAUAUCCUCCCAGUCCCAACCAAUACUUUUAUUCACCCUAUUCAGAUGGCCAUCACCCCUACGCGGAGAGCUCUGCAUCAUCCCAGGACGCAGCAUUUCUUCCGUAUCGACCUCGAUCGGCCGAGUCAUCGCCCGGCGCAUACUCGCGAGAGCGAUAUGACUCGGUUUCCAGCAGCUCCAGCAAUGCUCCGGAGCGACGUCGACCUCCUCGACCGAAGUACGAGGAAGAGGAAAUGUACUUCAUCUGGUACCACCGCGUGGAUCUCUGCCAAGAGUGGAAAGAAGUACGUGAAAGCUUCAACCAACAAUUCCCUAGCCGGCAGCGCCGGGGCUUCCAGGGUAUCCAAUGCAAAUUCUAUCGCUUCAUCAAAGAAAAGAAGUGCCCGACCUUGCGAGAGCAACGGCGUCUCCGUGACGGUGACUUUCUUCGCGAGGGAGCGGGUCUUGCCGCUGAAUCGGGGGCCCCGCGAUUCGGUGUGGUUGACUGGGUGGGGAUAUGGUAUCCAUGGAUGCGGCCCUACGUCGAUGACUUCAAGGACGGCAAAAGAGGUCAGUCGAGUCGAUUCGAGCCCAGCCUCAUCGAGGAGCUCGUCGUCCUCGUCGAUUGCCAGCAAUAA